AUGACCGAUAUUGACGAGAGUCAAGAAGUGGACACGGUUGACCUUAGUGGAUCUAGCCCAGAUCUGGGCGAAGACAGCAAUAUUCGGUUACAAGACGGUCUAGAUACACACGAUGGCAAACAAGAAGGAAAUCAGGACAAUCUGCAAGCUCUAGGAGUGAGACUGGUGGAGCAAGAUUCGCUCGAGAAACGAAUUGCCCAAAAGGCCGACAGAGCAAUGGUUGAACGGGACGUUGAGCUUGACCGUCGUAGAUUGAGGAGAACACAGGACCAACUGAACAAGUUUCUGACAAAGAGGCGGUCUUUGGAGACAAAGCUUGCUGACAGAAAUACUCGAAUUUCAGAGAAAACAACACUCAGGGAACAGAUACGACGUCUUGAACAGAAUGAUAUUGAGGUUUUGAAGACUGAACUGAAGGAAAUUCAAGCUCGAAUGGACCUGAAUGCUCAAGGCGACUCACAUAACCCAGAUUUGGACUCGUCAGCUCACCAACAACCGGACGAAAGCGAAAAAGAUUUUCUCGUACGAACGGGUAAGGUUACUGCAUUUGGAUCAAGUAAUGGGUUUUCUAUUGAGAAUGAAGUUGAUGGUCUUAAGAGCCAUCAAAAUUUGAGAGCUCCUGGUAUAGAGGAGGAGGAAGAAGAAGAAGAGGAUCCUGGAGUUGUGGCGAUUUCUGAUGACGACGAUGUUCAAAUCAAGAGUGAGGCAGAUAAAGACAAUGAAGAAGAAGAAUACGAAGCCGAAAAUGAUGCUGUUUACGUUGACGAGGAAGCAUCUGAACCGAUUGAGUCUGAUCUGGAAACUUCGGAUCUGGACGAAUUCACUGAGGACAAGUCUGUGAAAUCGCCUAAAUUUGAUAAUGUUGAUGAUGGUGAUGAGCUUGUAUACCAAAGCCGGCUUUCCAAAUGGGUCUCUAAGAGAUCGUCUCUGAGACUGAAGAACAACCCGAACUAUGUUGAUGACGAUAGACCAGAAUGGCUGAAACCGCACCCAACAGUUGCAGAUGCUGUUUUAAAUGAUGACUAUCGCCUUCCGGGUGACAUUCAUCCAGCAUUGUUUGAUUAUCAGAAAACCUGUGUGCAAUGGCUGUGGGAAUUAUACACUCAAAAGACAGGAGGAAUUGUGGGCGACGAAAUGGGACUCGGGAAAACCAUCCAGAUUAUUGCGUUUCUGGCUGGGCUUCAUUAUAGUGGAAAGCUCACUAAGCCUGCAAUUAUAGUGUGUCCCGCAACUGUUUUGAACCAAUGGAGUAACGAGUUCCACAGAUGGUGGCCUGCUUUUAGGGUGGUGAUACUACAUUCUAUUGGAUCUGGUCUCUCAGGGAAGGCCGGCGGCAGCGCAUCUGCCGAGGAUGAGGAACAAAUGCUAGAAAUGAUGAUGAUGGACCAGGAAUAUGAGGAUCCAGGAAUAAGGAAGUCUGCGGCCUCUAUGAAAACGGAGAUGCGGAUCCGCGAUCUCACUGAUAGAGUUUUCGAGAAGGGUCAUGUGAUUCUCACCACCUAUGCUGGCUUGCGCAUAUAUGCAAAGACGCUUCUCAAUCGUCAAUGGGGUUAUGCUGUUCUCGAUGAAGGCCACAAGAUCAGGAACCCCGAUAGCGAGGUUUCUCUAGUUUGCAAAAGACUGAGGACCUACAACAGGAUCAUCCUCUCUGGGACACCCAUCCAGAACAACCUGGUGGAGCUGUGGUCGUUGUUCGACUUUGUAUUUCCCGGAAGAUUGGGUACACUCCCUGUGUUUCAGCAGCAGUUUGCAGAUCCUAUCAACGUGGGUGGUUUUGCUAAUGCCACUAACGUACAAGUCCAGGCUGGCUACAAGUGUGCAGUUGUCCUUCGAGACCUUAUAUCUGCAUAUCUAUUGAGAAGAGUGAAGGCUGAUGUUGCGAAGGAUUUGCCCAAAAAGAACGAGAUGGUGUUGUUCUGCAAGCUCACGUCUUACCAGCGUGCUUUGUACGAGAGGUUUUUGAAAUCAGAGGAAAUGAUGAGCAUUUGGGGUAGAAAGAGGAACAUGCUGUUUGGAGUAGAUGUUUUGAGAAAGAUUUGCAAUUUUCCAGAUCUCGUGGAACCGAAUAUGCAGAAGAAACUUCAAGCCGAUACUACGAUAAAGUUUACUGAAAAGUCGGGAAAGCUCGCUGUGGUGAAAAUGCUGCUUGAACUGUGGAGAAAGGAAGGUCACAAGGCUUUGAUAUUCACCCAGACGAGACAGAUGUUGAAUGUGAUGGAGAGAUUCAUUUCGAGCCUGAACAAUGAGUGUACUGAUGGAAGUAAGCCCUUCAGAUAUCUCAGAAUGGAUGGUGCAACGUCCAUUGGAAACCGCCAAGAUCUGGUGGAUACCUUCAAUACUGAUCCUGAAUAUUCGGUUUUUCUUCUCACCACCAGAGUGGGUGGUUUAGGAGUCAAUUUAACUGGUGCCAAUAGAGUUAUCAUUUACGAUCCGGAUUGGAACCCAUCCACUGAUGUUCAAGCAAGAGAGCGUGCUUGGAGACUUGGACAAAAGAAGGACGUUUCCAUCUUUAGACUGAUGAUUGCAGGGUCAAUUGAAGAGAAAAUCUACCACAGACAGAUAUUCAAGCAGUUCCUUUCCAACAAGAUUUUGAAGGAUCCAAAACAGAAGAGGUUUUUCAAAAUGAAUGAUCUUCAUGAUCUUUUUUCUCUGGGUGAUACUGAUGGAAAGGGAACCGAAACUGGCGACAUGUUUGCAGGGUCUGAAAAGAGUUUUGGUAAAGAGUCUAAACGUUCUUCUCGCAAAAGAAAAAACUCAGGUUUGGAAGAAGUAUCCGGGAUUUCAGGUGUAUCAAAAGUGCAAAAAUUCAAAGAGGAGGACGAGGAAAAGCCCAAAGAGUCAACUGAAGGUGAUUCCAAAGGGGACUCCUCAAUCAUGGCAGAUCUCUUUAGCGAAACCGGUAUCCAUUCGGCUUUGCAGCAUGAUGCCAUCAUGGAGUCUUCUCAUGAACAGAUACUAGUGGAUCGGGAAUCGUCUCAAAUAGCCGAAAGGGCAAAACAGGCGUUAAGGGAAUCGAGGAUUGAAACUAGAAGAGCUGGAAUAGGGAAACCAACAUGGACUGGUAGGUCUGGAGAGGCUGGAAAAUAUGAACCCAAACAGCUUGGUCGCAGAACCACUGGUGGUCGCAAAACUAAACCCAAAACUGUAUCUGCAAAAUCUACACCAUCGUCUGCGAGAUCGUCUGUUUCCCCUCCAGUUGAUCAGAGAUCAACAUCGAUUUUCUCCAGAAGAAGUGCUCCGUUGUCGUCAUCUUCAAUUUUGGCAAGCAUGAGAAGACAGAAGGAGCUUGACGAGAUGAAUAAGCAAAAGAGAUAG